AUGAUUGUCAUCCCAUUCAGUUUCUUGCAGUCAGCGACAGGGAAAGAAUGUAUGUGCGAUCUGAAAAAUGUAGAUCCUCUAUUUCCUAAAGAUGAACUAACAAAAGUAGAGACCACUGCCUUGAAAUGCAUAAGGAGCAUCACUUCAGAAAAGAUGACAGACUUAGACAGACUUGUGUUGGGUCUACAACAACGUAUCAAGCAACUAGAGGACAAUGUGGUCGAGCUAGAAAAAGAAAACAGCAAUCUGUAUGCAGCCGUGUCUCUGCGCAUCAUUGAGUUAGAGUUUGCCGAAAUACAGGACCUCCUCAACAAACUCAACAGGACCACCGACGAUUACCAUCAUCUCAAUGUACAGGCUGCAGCUCAGCUUGAAGAUAUGAAGGACACAAUGGUGGAGUUGGAGAAGUUUGACAAAAUGCGAGUGAUUAAAAAGAAUCGAGAGAACCAAAUCAAGAAGAACUUGGAACAGUGCAAAGAAGAGCUCAAGGCUUCAUCACCACCUCCUACAGUUUCCCCAGGACGCUGUGGUCUGGGUCAAAUGGUCAAUGUGGCAGGACCUAGAACAUCUUCCCUCACACCAUACGGCACCUCCUACCCUUAUGGUGCUUGGGGUCGAGAUGUGAAGCCCGCUCGAGGAGACGAGAACAAGUACUGGCUGGUGGUGCUGACAAGUAGUAAUGUAUUUGGCCACUAUGUCCGCCAGUACAGCACCUUGAGUACUCUUUUAUUAGGUAUAGGACCAAAAGAUACAUACAUAUCAAGCUCCAAUCCCACAACAAACACAAUUCAGGGGUCAAACAUGGUCAUGUACGCCAAUGCACUCUACUAUAACUGUUACAACAAAUACUCUGUCUGUCAGUUCAACUUGACGACUCGUGCUGUCAGUACUGUGGCUUUACCUAGUGAUACAGGUUACAAUAGCAAGUUUCCAUUUGCACACCUCGGCACAACAUACAGCUAUACUGAUAUGGAUUUUGUCACAGAUGAAUCUGGCGUCUAUGUUAUAUAUGCAACCACAAGCAACUUCGGAAAUGUGAUUAUCACUAAAGUCGAGACUAGUAACCCACCAGUUUUCAACCAAACAUGGUUCACUUCUCUUCACAAAAAGACUGUGACAAACACCUUCAUGGUGUGCGGUGUGCUUUAUGCUACUCGUUACCUGGACAAAGAAAUAGAAGAGAUUUUUUACUCUUAUGACACCAAGACCAACGAAGAGCGAUAUGAUUUGAGAAUUCACAUUAAGAAGAUGCAAACUAAUAUUAAGUAUAUGAAUUAUAACCCCAGAGAUCAUUUGCUGUACGUCUACAGUGAUGCCUACAUUGUGACAUAUGAAAUCAUGUUUUAGCAAGUUGAUUAAUGUCUUUUAU